AGUUCCCUACCAAAUUCAGCAGCAUCAGCCUCGCUUCACACACUUGCUGUGAAGACGACUAGCUUCGCCACCUACACGCAACACCUCGCCACGGCGACCACCGCCAUGCCUGCCUUGGACAUCAUGCCGGAGAAGGCCCACCAGCCACCCAUGUCGCCGUCGCACCGCGGUGCGCUUGGCUGGGACGCCACCGGCGCCCCCACCCCCAUGCACAAGAGGCUGGACGGCAAGGUGGCCAUCGUGACCGGCGGCGCGCGGGGCAUCGGGGAGGCGAUCGUGCGGCUGUUCGUGAAGCACGGCGCCAAGGUGGUGAUCGCGGACAUCGACGAGGCGGCCGGCGAGGCGCUGGCGGCGUCGCUGGGCCCGCACAGCGUCGCCUUCGUGCGGUGCGACGUGUCGGUGGAGGAGGACGUGGAGCGCGCCGUGGACCGCGCCGUGUCGCGCCACGGGCGGCUCGACGUGUUCUGCAACAACGCCGGGAUCCUGGGCCGGCAGACGCGCGCCGCCAAGAGCAUCCUGUCCUUCGACGCCGCCGAGUUCGACCGGGUGCUCCGCGUCAACGCGCUGGGCACGGCGCUCGGGCUGAAGCACGCCGGCCGGGCCAUGGUCCCGCGCCGCCAGGGCAGCAUCGUCUCCGUGGCGAGCGUCGCCGGCGUGCUCGGCGGGCUGGGACCGCACGCGUACACGGCGUCCAAGCACGCCAUCGUGGGGCUGACCAAGAACGCGGCGUGCGAGCUGGGCGCGCACGGCGUGCGCGUCAACUGCGUGUCCCCCUUCGGGGUGGCCACCCCGAUGCUCAUCAACGCGUGGCGCCAGGGCCACGACGCGGACGCCGCCGACGACGCCGACGCCGGCAUCGGCCUCGACGGCGCCGCCGCCGUGCCCAGCGACCGCGAGGUGGAGAAGAUGGAGGAGGUGGUCCGCGGCCUCGCCACGCUCAAGGGGUCCACGCUCAGGCCCAGGGACAUCGCCGAGGCCGUGCUCUUCCUCGCCAGCGACGACUCCAGAUACGUCUCCGGACACAACCUCGUCGUCGACGGCGGCGUCACCACCUCCAGGAACAUGAUCGGGCUGUGAAGAAGCCACAUGACCCCUCUCACUCUGCUCGCUGUCUAGAUUAGAACAAAACAACAAAGAUUGUUUAGUCGUCGAUGCAACUGUACUCAAGUUCUUUCGUUCGUUCGGUUAAUUGAUUGAUUAAGUGUGUUGAGAA